AUUACGUUUUGAUGCUCCUUAGCGACUAAUUGCCUUAUUUUUGUUACUUGCUUUUGUUUCUCGUAUUGUACCAGUUUUUUUUGUAGGUACUUUUUUCCAAGGCCUUGUAGUGCCAUUUCGAGUUUUUUAUUUUGAGAAACAAAUCGUGCUCUCUGUGCUUUCAUGGGCUGUUGUUUAAAACUUUAUUCCAAUUAACGGAUGCGUCGAUCCGUUUGGAGAUCUACAAAUUUGAGGUGAAUGAAGCCAUCUUUAAUCAUUUCACACUAGAAUCGUUUCCCAAGGCUACGAAUUUCAAUCUCAUGUUUGUGAAAAAAUAGGUACAUAAUAAAUCUACACUAUGGAGAUGUUUCGAACAGCGACGUUCUUAUUUAUCGUGGGGCAAUUCGUAUUCGUUAAAUCGCAGAGCCACAUCACUGAACCACAUAUGGAAGAAAAGAUUCGAGAUGAGAUGUUCGGAAUUCUACAGAUGCAAACAACUGCUUUAUGGAGUACAACCCCCUCAGAUCAAAACAUCGAGUUCCUUCCACUAUCAAUAGCAGCGGGCUGGCAAAUGGUACUAAUGAGACUUUACUACGGAAGUCCUCCAGGAAAAUUUAAGUCUAAAAACGAUUUUUUGAAACAAGCGUACGCAUUGGCGGGUAUACUCGAUAAAAUCUCUUCAACGUCCAAUGCCAAGCUGAAAUUCGUGAACACUGUAUUUUACGAUCAAAGCAAAAUAUCGAAGCAGCUUUUGAACGACUUGAAAACCUACUAUCACGCUGAAGCCUUCGAAGUAUCGUUCGAUUCGGAAUCAGAUGUUUUGGCCGUAGUGAACGAACGGUUUAGUAAUGUUACAAAAGGACGAAUACCUCAAAUGGAGACCCUCAAUCUUGAAGGAGUUUCCAACAUGCCGAGUUCCUUAUUAAAUUACACAAGUUGUUGGGAUACGCCGAAAAUCUGGACCAACUUUGUCAAAUUAUUGAAAUUCAAAAACUCGAACGGCGAAUUCGAUAUCGAAACGUUCAACGCAAAGGAAACAAUCGGUUAUUACAAAAACGCCGAACAAAAAUACGAAGCUAUCAGAUUACCUUUCAAAAAAGGCGAAUUUGCCAUGAUGGUAGUGUUACCUAACCAAGAUCAGUCGUUAGAAUUGAUCGUCAAAUUAACCGCAAACGAUCAUCAACAAAUUUUGCAACGUGUUAGUGAAAAUUACGAAAACAUCGAUUACGCGAUCCCUUUCAUGAAUUUGACGCAGUUGAUGGUAAAUGAAAAUGGCACUGCUAUAUACGUCGACGAUACGAUUACUUGCGACUGGCCGACGGCGACUGAAGAAACCCAGGAAAUUAAUAAGAUCGAUUAUAAACCGUUCUACGUGAACAGACCGUUCGCUGUGUAUAUUUACCACGAAAAAAGUAAAUUUGUUGUAAUGUACGGUUUGGUAAAUAACCCAGCUUUAGGCACAAUGCAAAAUCGUAGGGUACUGUUUCAAACUAGAAUAAAAAUGCAAGAUAAAACUGAACUUUAAUUCGAUUGUUAAGUUUAUAACCUAUUCGUGUGUUUGCUGCGUGUAAAUAGGAUAGACUAUCAUUGAUAAAAAUACCAAUUGUACGUAAAAAAUUGGCCAAAUGUAUUUUGUACCUAUCUAUUGAACACGUAAUAAGAAUUACAUCACAAAGUAUUAUGUU